UAAGUUCCGCCCCGUGCGCGCCGGCCCCGCCCCGCGCUGCUCCCGCGCCGUCCGCCCCCCGCCGCUCGCCCCGGCCGGGCCGGGCCGGGCACCCCGGGGUACCCCGGCUCCGAUGUGGCCUCCUCGCCACCACCGCUUGGGGCCUCCCGGACAGGUUUCACCCCAGAUGUGGCGAUGAAGGCCUAGGGGAGCCUCGGAACCUCAUAGACUAGUUUCACAUCCCAGCUCAGCCAGUUAGAAGCCUGAUUUUUGACAAGCCCAGGCGAGUGCCAGGCCUGAUUCUGCAAAGCCUUUCACCCUCCGAGCACAUGAGGCAGCAGGAGGUCGAGGUUCUGCCAGCUUCCAUGGAGUCCCUGCUGCUGUGGACCAGUACUGGACCUGCACAGAGAGCCCAAAAAGGGGCUAGAGGUGCAGGAAAGGACCUGAGCUGGUCUGACAAGAUGUACCAGGUCCCACUGCCGCUGGACCGGGAUGGGACCCUGGUCCGGCUCCGCUUCACCUUGGUGGCCCUGGUCACGGUCUGCUGUCCACUUGUCGCCUUCUUCUUCUGCAUCCUCUGGUCCCUGCUCUUCCACUUCAAGGAGACAACGGCCACACACUGUGGGCCCUUGGACCCCGAUGCGACCGUGUUCCGGCUGCGAUUUACAACCAUGGUCUGUUGGGUCAUCACUUUCCCUGUGUUCGGCUUCUUCUACUGCAUCAUCUGGUCUCUGGUGUUCCACUUUGAGUACACAGUGGCCACUGACUGUGGGGUACCCAACUAUCUACCUUCGGUGAGCUCAGCCAUUGGUGGGGAGGUACCCCAGCGUUAUGUGUGGCGCUUCUGCAUCGGCCUGCACUCGGCGCCACGCUUCCUGGUGGCCUUCGCUUACUGGAACCACUACCUCGGUUGCGCCUCCCCGUGUCCUGGCUACCGCCUGCUCUGCCGCCUGAACUUCAGCCUCAACGUCAUCGAGAACCUUGCGCUGCUAGUGCUCACCUAUGUCUCCUCCUCCGAGGACUUCACCAUCCAUGAAAAUGCUUUCAUUGUGUUCAUCGCGGCAUCCCUCAGUCACAUGCUCCUCACCUGCGUUCUCUGGCGGCUGACCAAGAAGCACACAGUAAGUCAGGAGGACCGCAAGUCCUACAGCUGGAAACAGCGGCUCUUUAUCAUCAACUUCGUCGCCUUCUUCUCUGCUCUGGCUGUCUACUUCCGGCACAACAUGUAUUGUGAGGCUGGAGUUUACACCAUCUUUGCCAUCCUGGAGUACACCGUUGUCCUAACCAACAUGGCAUUCCACAUGACAGCAUGGUGGGACUUUGGGAACAAAGAGCUGCUCAUAUCUUCUCAGCCCGAAGAAAAGCGAUUCUAAACCCCUCUGCUGCUGGAAGAGAGCCCAAUGUUGAGAAACAAGAAACAACUCUGGCCUUCCCUAUCUUGUUAUUUCCUUUCUGGGCCCUUUGAAGCUGGGGGAGGGAGAAGGGUAGAAGGGCAUAGCAUAAGGCUGAUCCCAGCACUGCUGGUUUCUUUUCCUCAACCCUCAGAGGCACAGGAACCUUCAAGUAACACCACCCUUAACUGAGAAGACCCAAGAAGCCAAGCUGGCAGGAGAGCUCCACCUCUUGGUGCUAAAAAAUCUCAAGGUUUAUAACCACCAUGUAGUUUCUGGCCUUUAUACACCCACCUUUCUCUGAGGCUGGGUACCACUGAGAAGUGUCUGUUACCUGAAAACCACAGCUGCGUCUCUCCGGGUCACUCCCCUAACUUGUCUAGUGAUCUACUAUGUGCAUCCAGGCUGUGGCCAUAGUCCUGUUGAGACUGCUCAGGUGUCCUAUCCUGACCUCACUUCUUUGAACUGGUAUGUGCUCUAGCAUGUGUACUCUUUCCUAUCUGACCCUUGGUGUAUUCAGAUACAUGAUAGGGGCAGGUGUGCUGUCUGAUUUCCAUGGGUUCUGCAGUGCGGCUCAUCUCUGAUGAGGUGGUGUUCUAUACCUGAAGGAUGACCGUCCAGGAAAAGCACCAUCAUAGCAUGUGUUGCCCUUCAUUUCUGAAAUCACUAGCUUACAGACCCUGGGGUGGAGGGGUCAGAGACAUAACUCCCUAGCCUAAAAUGGGUUCCGUGGUGUCCCUCUAUGUCCCCUAGUCCCCUGAACUCUGAGCUUUUGUGCUUGUACAUUUUAUUGCAAAUAAAAAUAAAUUUUUGAUUUUUGCCAAUAA